AACUGGGUGUCAGACCUUCGUGGAGAACAAUCAGACUGAGGACCUCGACGCACAGUUGAGACAGAAGCGACACUCGGGGGGGAAUAAACAGACAAAACAUGUCCCACAAAAAGUCUUCCCAGGUGCCGGGUGAUGGAGAGAACCUGCGGGGAAGACAUGCGGCUGAUUCCACAGAGAAUCCUGCAGAUCAUGAACAGCAUCCCCGGAUUCCACAGCAACCCUCCCAAACAGAUUGGCUCCGUGUUGGCCCCCAGCAUCCAGAGCUAGGCACAGCAGACACGCCCUCCCCCCAUGCUUCUGGACACCACUUCUGCCACUACACACCAAAAGCUUUCCUCACCGUCCACAGAGGAGGACACAACACUUCAGCCCGGUCAACUCCGUGUGCAGAAGAGGGUUGGCAUGAAGCUACCACAAAGACGACAAUCAGAGCUGACAAUGAAGUGGAGGCGCACAGGGAGGCCAACAACUACAAGUUUGGCUUCAGAAAGUGGAAGGGCAACGUAACGGAAAAGCCCAUUGAAGACCGAUCAGACAUCAUCAAAGAGCUCCACUCUGAUCUGAGCAUCGUGAAGCCUCAAGAAGGCUCAGUGGUCACCUUUGGGAACAUAGUUUAUGUGUUUUUAUUUGGAUGGUGGAUAUCUUUAAUCUAUUUCCUCAUUUGUCCUAUAAUGUUUCUAACGAUCUUCGGUGCCCCGUAUGGCAAACUUUGUUUUAAGAUGGCAUGUUACUUUAUCUGGCCAUUUGGGAAGUCACUGGAAAAGGCCAGUCAUGUAGUUAAGAGAACCAUUGCGAGGCCUCCAAAGUGUGAGGUCAUUCCUGAAGAGGGAGACACCGAAGACGGUAAAGACACUGUGAGGAACAAGGACUCUGCACCCCUUCUGGUGUCUUCACCAAUCCCUAUUGAGAUCCCUGUCCCAGAACCACCAGCUAAAAAAAACCCUCUGCAGUGUCGCAUUAGUACUUACGUUUGGUUGUUAUUGGGUUACCCUGUCCUGGCUGUCGUCCACUCUCUGGCCUGUGUGCUUGCCUGGAUGCUCGUCUUCACUAUACCUGUAUCCAAGAUGAAUGCACGCACGAUGACCACAGUCCUCCUCAUGGCACCAGAGGACAUUCAGAUUCACACACUGGAAAAGACCCCUGGGUGUGAGACGGGAGUUAUCCUAUGCUGUUAUCAAGCUUUCAAUGGUUAUUACUACAAAUACACUGUCCAAGGAGUCAAUAUUUUUGCUCUCAACCUGCUUCCCUUCGUGUUAAUCACUCUGGUUAUUGGCUAUACUGACCAUGACCACAAGUACUUUAGGGCGGAGACCAUAUUCUUCACAGCUAUCCUUUCCAUCAUUCCUCUGUCCUACUAUAUUGGCAUGGGUAUAGCCAGUAUUUCUGCACAGAGUAACUUUGCAGUGGGAGCGGUGGUGAAUGCAACGUUUGGCUCCUUCACAGAGAUGACUUUCUACAUCACAGCACUACUGCAGGGCUAUCGUGCUGGCACCAAAUGUUAUGAGGAGAUUGUUAAAGCAGCACUCACAGGGACCUUGCUUGGGUGUAUCCUGUUUAUACCUGGUAUCUGUAUGAUCAUUGGAGGCAUUAAACACAGGGAGCAGCGAUUCAACAGUCGCUCAGCUGGAGUGAGUUCGGCUUUGCUUUUCAUAUCCGUAGGAGGUGUGUUUGCCCCGACGCUUUUCUCAAAGACCUUCGGUAAUCUGAUGUGUGACAGCUGCACCAAUGUUCCCGGCAACUCCAGUGUACCCUUCAUCUGCAAGGACUGUCAUUACGACAUGACUCAGGCUGACCCACAUUUGAUUCUGUCUCAAAUUGAGCCUCUGGUGUACACAAUUUCUGUGUUGCUACCCGCUGCAUACCUGAUUGGCCUCAUCUUCACAUUGAAGACCCACUCCCACAUCUAUGAUAUCCAUAUCAGCGAUGGCCAAGGGGGCCAUGCACAUGGUCAUCAUGUAGUCCACUGGUCCCGGUGGAGGGCUCUUGCAGUGCUGAUUGUUGCCACAGUGUUGAUGGCCUGCUGCGCUGAGCUCAGCACGGCGAACAUCGAGCCCAUGCUGAGCCAUUCCUCCAUUUCUCAGUACUUCAUCGGAGUCACAGUUUUGGCUAUGGUGCCAGAGAUUCCUGAGAUUGUCAACGGGAUCCAGUUUGCACUUCAGAACAACAUCAGCCUGAGCCUUGAAGUGGGCAGUUGUAUUGCCGUGCAGGUCUGCAUGAUACAGAUUCCACUACUCAUACUCUUCAACGCCUUCUAUGAUGUUGGAUUUGUGCUUGUGUUCAGUGACAUUCAUCUCUGGGCCAGCAUCUUCAGUGUCAUUCUGGUCAACUACAUCUUCAUGGAUGGAAAAUGUGACUACUUUCAGGGCACCGCUCUAGUGGUCGUGUACCUCAUCCUUUUGGCCCUUUACUUUUUUGCUCCUUCUCCACGCUCUUGUUGAUCUGCUCACCAAGUAAAUUCCUAAGGCUCCAACAUUUCAUGCCACUAUUAAAAAAAAAUAAAUAAAUAAAUAAAAAUGAAUCCCUUAGGUGGUGAGUAUUCAGUGACACAGAAGAGUUGGAAAAAGAGUUUCAGUGAAUAGUUGUCUGCUUUUGUCGAUUAUAUGAUACUGACAUUGACACUGUUCUGGCUGUCAUAAAAAUGUAUGAUUAAAAUACUGCAUUUAUUUAAAUGUAAA